CCGAUUGGACGACGGCCCCAAGAGGCGAGGGCCGCCGUCAUUCGGGCGACGCUGCUCCCUGAGAAGGCCAAACGAUCGCAGUUCUUCCCACUCCCCGCUGCCCGCCACCCUCUACAGUGACGGCGAUGUCGGCCUUCUCCUCCUCCUGGUCGUUGUGGCGGCGGCUCGCCGUGCUCGCCUCGCUGCCCGCGCUGCUGCUCGUGCGGGCGGCUCAGCCGGCGGCGGCGAACAGCGGCGGCGAGGACGAGCACAGCAAGCACUUGUACGACGCUGAGAUGCUGGUGCAUUCCGUCGACCAGGCGCCGCACUUCAUCAUGUUCUUCGCUCCCUGGUGUGGCCACUGCCAGAAACUGCAGUCAACAUGGAAUACACUGGGAGAUAAAUACAAUGAGAUGCCAGAGCCACCAGCAUAUGUGGCAAAGGUGGACUGCACCAUGCAUGCACAGACCUGCUCUGACCACGGUGUCAAAGGCUACCCCACGUUGAAGCUGUUCAAACCUGGCCAGAAGAGUAUAUUGUACCAGGGUCAAAGGGAUCUUGAUACCUUGGAGAGCUGGAUGCUACAGACAUUGAAUGAAGACGCUGGUGUUCAAGAAGAAUCUGAGCGCCCUUCCCCAGAUAUCCCUGAGCCUCAACACGGCCUCUAUGAGCUGACUUCUGGGUCGUUUAAGGAACAUGUCGCGGAAGGUUACCAUUUCAUCAAGUUUUUCGCACCUUGGUGCGGCCACUGCAAAGCUCUAAUUCCAACGUGGGAGCAGUUGGCGAGCACAUUUGAAUACUCGGGCAAAGUAAAGAUUGCCAAGGUUGACUGCACAGCUCAUCAAGAUAUAUGCAAUGAAAACCAGGUGCGGGGUUAUCCCACCCUUCUGUGGUUUAAAGACGGUGAAAAGGUGGACCAGUACCGUGGAAAAAGGGACCUGGAUUCUUUGAAAGUGUUUGUUGAUACACAGAUUCAAAUCGAACCUCAAGAUGAAGUGGUUCCACAACAGGCAGUGGAUGAAGAGGAAACGUCUAGCGUGCUGGUUCUGAAUGAAAACAACUUUGAUGCUACUGUGGCAGAUGGCAUCACUUUUGUGAAAUUCUAUGCACCAUGGUGUGGUCAUUGUAAGAACCUGGCCCCAACAUGGGAAGACUUGGCCAAGAAAGAGUUUUCUGGUCUGUCCAAAGUAACGAUUGCCAAGGUGGAUUGCACAUCGGAAGCACAACUCUGCAGUAAACAGCAUGUGCGUGGGUACCCAACUCUACUGCUGUAUGUGGGGGGCAAACAGGUGGGAGAGCACGAGGGUGCCCGCAGUCUGGAGGCCUUGCAUUCCUAUGUGCUGAGCAGAGCCAGGGAUGAGCUGUGAACGCACACUGGGACACCUUCACAUCAAUCGGUGCAUUUAUUUUAGAUUAUUGUCAAAUUGUGCGUGUGGAGACAACGUGGCUCCAACUGCAAGUUCUGUUCAAUACUACUGCACUUUCAAGAAAUUAAAACAAUCUCACUGAUGGUCAAAACAUUUUGAGAAAGCAAUGUGGAAAACGUAUGGAAAUUCUCAUAAUUGUUUUAAUAUUUUUUAAAUGUAACGCCACGAUUAUUUGAUUAGGAUUAGAUGGGGUGACAAAAUAAGCACAACAGUUGUGGUUUUUGUGCCUCAAUUUAAUACCACAUCAACUUUAGAUUGCCGUUUAGUCUGAUCACAGGUGUAUGGGUGGAACAUUAAUAAACAUUGCACAUUAUUUUGAACUGAACAAUAGAAUGGAAUAUUGUAUGCACAACUAGUUAUUAAGGCAAUGGAUGACUACAUAUGUACCACCAAGAGUAGCAUAUUUAUGGAGACAUUUGUAAAAUUGGAUCUUAUUUACACCAAAUUAUGCUUAAAUACUUCCAUGACAUUAAGUUAAAUUUCAAGUAAUGCUUCUGUGCAGUUAAAUGGUACGGGUAAUGCUGCUUUUGGUUAUACUGUUGUUGUGUUUUUUUACUUGCCUUUUGCUAAACAAGUUUAAUUCCUGAUAACUAAAUGCGUAAAAAUGUUUGAAGUAUUUCAUUAACAUCUCUAUGCUAAACUUUUUACGAAGUACUAAACAAAAUAAAAAUGUUUGCAUUUCUUCAGCGUCACAUUGACUUUUGAUUAAUUUAAUCAUUUGUUAAAAUAUAAUUUUUUUAUUUCUUAAUGUUCCACUUUAUUGAAAAAAACUGGUUUUAUAAGGAAAAAUUAGCAUAGUUUUUUUGUGUUUUCCCCUCUACAUUACGCUCCUCCUGAUGGCGAGAGAUGGCAGUGCCUUCACCCAGCAGGGGAUUAAUUGUGGAUGAUGAUGAUGAUGAUGAAUAAAUCUUUAAUGGAUUUGAAAUCCUAAGCAGAUCGUUUCAUCGGAGCAGAUUUGGCCUUUUAGUUUACGAGAGCCUCUACAUUUCAGUCACAUGAAAAGAUCUGGAAACGACUUCUGGGGCAGAAAUUGUAUUUUGUGUAGGAUUUAGCAUUUUAUUGUAAUGUGCUACUUUAUAGGUACAAGCCAAUUAUUGUAUGUGUUAAGACAUUCAUUUUGGCACUUUCUUUUAUAAAUAGGGACUUAAGAGUCCUCUACGACUAUUUUCUUAAGCACCGAAUGACAAAGGAUACUUGUUGCUGUAAACUAAACUUGUUACAAACUCAAAGGACAUUUACACUGAAAGCAGUUUUGUUCGCAAAUUCACUUGUCACAUUUUUUCACGGACAACUUUUAUGGAGGAGAGAAUUUUUAAAAAAUCCAAUAACAAAUGUGGUGCCAUUCUUGUGUCCCAUACUCCUGAAUAAUUAAUACGAAUUCAUAUUACUAGUUUCUUCUACAUGGAUAUAAUAUGCUGAUUGCCUUCAGCCGCAUGUUAUCUACAAACAUUGUUGAUAUCAAACGGAAGCUAUUCAUCGCUAGUUGUGACUUGGCAUCUAGUUGUGACAAGGUGAACAUUCAAAUCGCAAGCGCCUGUGUUUUUUACAAUCACCUUUUACAGAACUGCACCACAUUGGUAGUAUGCAGUAAGUGAUCACCACAAAAUAUUUGGAGAAAAAAGCCAACGUGUGUACAUGCACCUGAACAAUAGUGCUACGUAGAUUUUCUUGGCUGUGCUGUAUAACCCUCGCAUGUGUUUUUGGGUGGUACUGCAUCUUAUCAGGCACGAUACGUGACAUGUGGUGGGAGCUUCAGGAACAAUACAUUUCCUCCCGUUGUGCUUGGCACUGAAUACAGUUCCUAAAGAAGCUGCCAGCAUAUGGAGCUUAACGGUCGGAUAUCAUCCCAAACAGCACGUGGUACAACCUGAAAACUCGCCAGAGUUCUAAUACUAAUUGGUAUAUACAAUCUUAUUAAAAUAAAUGUCUUCAUAUCCAGCGACUCAAGAACUGGGUCACUGGAAGUUGCCUGUCGCCAUACCAGACGAUGUUUAGUACUAAGAUUCAGUGUAAAUGCCAAAGGCUCAAAUAGUCCCAGCUAAUAUUCUAUAAGUGUAGCAGUAGUUUUCCAAAGAAGUCCUGCACAGCCAACUUUUUUUAUCAUGGUUCAAAUGAGGUUACUACAUACUAUGAAGCACUUGUGCUGCUUAGUUUGUAUGCAGUCAUUGGCCUGAACCACAAUGUCCACACGGACUCGGAAAAGUUGAGUCUGCAAAUGUGCCAUUAGAACUCUUGAUUACUGUUGCUUAUAUGCUUGUAACUUUUUAUAGAAAUGGAAAAUCAAUGCCUAAUAAAACAUUUUGAAGUUCA